AUUGUAUUUGAAGCUGAACUCACACGGAAUAGACAGGAUCUAAGGACAUCACUCCAGGAAACUACUGAUGGAGGAAGCGGUUAACCUUCCGCUACCCUCUGAUGGGGAACUCGAGGGCUCGGCGGGGGAGGAAGACAAUCCGAUCCUUUCUCUGGGCCAAGUUGAUCUGGGGACAAGUGCUCCGGACCAAUGCGAGGGGGUAGGACCCGCCCCUUCACAGGUAAUGGGGGCUGGGGAGCCUGUUACGGCUUCCCCAGUUAUUGGGGAUAUCGCGGGGGCCCAAGCGGCACCCUACAAAGGGGGAGUUUCUAGAACGCCUCCAGGGUUUGAGGACAUAGGGAGGUUUAAUCGGUCCUUCCCGGAAAAACAAAUGCGCUGUUUGGAGGCGUUGGAGUGGCUCGUGCAGGGCCAGCUCCUUCCAUAUCCGGGCGCGAUAGUUAGGAUGGUCCAAUCUGGGCUACCCUGGGACUUGGUCCUGGGAUUCGUGGACAGGGCAUAUGCGCGGGCGGUGGAGAUGGCGGAUGCGGGUUGGGUCCGCUGUCUACACGAAUACCUUGGGGGGCGGCUGUCUCCUGAUCAAUACGGGAAUCGGUUUCCGUUAUUGGACGAAGGGGGUGGGAACGAUGGGUUGGUGUUUUUCGACCCCGACACUCCUUGGUGGGAACCCGCCAUGGAGAGGCAACGUCGUUUCCCUCGAGGUUUGGCUUAUCUGCCUCACUUCGAGGGGAGGGUAUCCACGGCGACAGCGUCGGCGCCAUGGUUUCAGGACGAGCCGGUUCCUGAGGCCUCGACUGCGACGUGCAAUUUGGAGCAGGUGGGACUUAGUCCGGAACCAGCUCCAACUGCUCCGGAAGCCGCCUCAGAUCCGGAGGAGGAGGAUAUGGAUACUGGGCCACAAGCGGCUGCGUCUGAGGCUCCGCCUUCCGAUAACCCGGAGGUCCCAUCCGAGCACACAAAGGUCCCUGAAGCCCAGGCUGAGGAACCGUCCACGGGGGGUAGGUCCAUCAUGCGUGAGAAGGGGGAGGCGGGUAGGCGAGGCCGGGCAGGGGCACCUGCCAGCCCGGGUAAACGCGCGUUAAGCGGGGCUAUUGGAGGGCCGGCUCACAAGCGGAAGGCGAGGGGACCUUGUCCUCUUUGCCAGCAGCGGCCCCACCAAAAGUUGAAGGUGCAUGUGUAUCGUCACAUGCCGCCAGCACUCCGUUUGGGGCUUGAUAGACCCGUUGGGGAGGAGCUUCCUCUCCUGGAGGUAAUGGGGUGUCUCCGAUUUUUGGCCCAGUGUUUUACAGGUAGUCCUGACCUGGAUUCGCUGGUUAAGUUUGUGAAUCUGAAGGCCCCCGACAACUGGAAUUGGUACAUUCCGCCGUCCAUGGAGGAGGAGAUGUUCCGUUUUCUAGGACAGCUGGGAGCAUUCCGUCCCAGUAGUAUUUCGGUGCGUCCCCUUAAUUCUGUUGCCGCAUUACUCCAUUGGCGAGUAUUAGCAUUCCUGGUGGGGCAGCUUACUGAGGAAGAAAUUCGUCAGUUGCACCACCUUGGGGGUUCCAGUGCCCCUGAGAAGGAGGAGGCUAUGCCAGUCAGAACUGCGCAGCUUAAGCCGGCGGGGAGCACAGUCCCCUCGACGCCGGUAGUAAGGCCGAAGAGGCCCACAUCAUCUGGGCACGGCAGGGAUUAUGUCCCGGCUCAUUCGGCUCCGGCUGCAGCGGGCGCGCCACCAGCUGCUAAAGGGGGAGUAUCGGCUACCCCUGUGGCACCAAGGGGCUCGGUUCAGACCCGGGUUUGGAAACGAACCCCGGGGUCUACCCCAGAGGCCGGGCGCGUUUCGUUCGCGGAAGUCGCGGCAAAGCCCCCUAUACCUCUGGCUGUUGACAGCCAUUUCCACCUGGAUUUCCUGGAGGGUCGUCUGGGACAGAAGGGCUGGAAAUGUGCUGAGUCGACGGCGGGCAGGGAGCCUCGGGUCCCAGUCCGCCUGGUCGGAGGUGUCGCGAAUUUCUGCGAUCCCCGCAAAUAUAAGGGUAUCCUGUUCCCGGAGGGCCGCAACUGGAAAGUCUCUGUGGGGGUACUCCCCCGCAUGGCUUCCAUUUUCGAAGAAGCUGACUUAGAUGCCAUGGGCCGAUUGGCCUGUGACCCUAAGACUAGCGCGCUUGGGGAGAUUGGUCUGGACUAUUCUCUCCCACCCUCCACGUGGUCGAAGCAGCUUCUUGUGUAUACGACCAUCCUAGAGCAGGUCGGGGCUACUGGCAAAGUCCUGAUACUGCAUCUGCGGGGAGAAGACGGAAAAACUUCCGAUGUCCCCUCGAGGAUUGUUCGAGAAGCGACCAGGACGAGGGCCAACAGACAUCAGCGGGUUCAUAUCCACUGUUGUACUCUUGGGCCUCUAGAGGUCGAGGCUUGGGGAAAAACUUUCCCCAAUACCUACUUUAGCUUCGGCUGCAAGGUGAAACAUUUCACCGGGGAGCAGCUGGACGCGUUGAGGAAGGUUCCUCUCUCCAAGUUAUUGCUGGAGACUGAUUCUCCAUAUCUUCCCGUAGGGGGGGUCAGAUGUAUGACCCCUGCAUACAUCGGGGAGGUGGGAGAAUUUGUCGCCUCAGCUAGGCGCAUGGGUUUCCUCACCCUCAUGGAACGUGCCCGGAUUAAUCAUCUGGCGCUCUAUGGGGUGUAGUGAGGGUAGGAAAGGGGGAUGGAGGAACUUUGUCCUCCAUUUUUUCGAAGGGAUUCUGAUUCCCUUUGCAUUUUUUGGGGUUAGGUUAGCGCGUUUAGGACCCUACAUGUUUUCUGUACAGGAGGAGACCAGCUGGGUCGCCUCCUCUUGGUGUCUUUUGUGUUCGUUGUCUAUGUUUUCGUUUAUCUUUUUGUAUAUUUAGGCCAUGUAGGAAAUGCUUCAUGGUCCGCUUUGGAGGGGAGUGUUUUAAAUGGCCCUUUUCGCAUAAUGGCAGCGCUGACGCCCCCUUCCUGCACCUGGGGGACCUAGGUUGGGUACUGGUGCUCCAGUCUCUCAACCGAACGGGAAUGCUAUGUGUUGCACAGCCCGGGUAAGAUGGUGCCUCGACAGGGGAGGGCCAGCGGCAGCCCACUGCUAUGGGAAAGUGGAGCUUUCUGGGAAGGGGGGACCCUCCUGGGAUAUGGGAUUUUGUAUGGGUUUUAUAUUUUUAUAUAUAUAUACCAUUGUUCUAUAUGUUUUGUAUGGGUUUUUUAAAGAACCUCAAAACUCUAGGUUUUUAGGUGUUAUUACGGGUUUUUACCGUUUUCAUGUUACGGGUUUUUAAAGUUUAAAGUGUUGAACAAGUUUUUAGCACAGUUGUGCCAAGUGUUUUGGAUAGUUUUGGAGUUUUUAUUUAUAAAAGAACUGAAUAUGUUUAUGGCUGAUUACGGGUAGCAAAUUAUAAUUAAUUUUGGGAAUGCAGACUUGGGACAGAACAAUGCUGCAUAAGUACUUUUUGCCAAAUUUUAAGGAGCAUUGUGUACAUAAAAGACCAAAGGGAAUUUUUAAAUGGGCUUGUAUUUACUCAUGCCCAGCCGGGAGAUAAGGUCUCCUGGUUGGGGUGCCUAGGGAGUGGAGAAUUUUUUCCUCCCUCUGCCUGGUGUCUGGUUUGGAUAGCGUCCAUUUGGGUUGGAAACUCGAGGGACCGAGUUUUAUAGAACGGGGGGGACUGUUGUAGUAAGUCACCCCACCCCCCAUAUAGGUCUUCCACCGGGAGAUGGCGCUGGACCCCUUUUAGACGCUGGAGGACGUUGGAUCCCUUGGCUCAUUGUAUUUGAAGCUGAACUCACACGGAAUAGACAGGAUCUAAGGACAUCACUCCAGGAAACUACUGGUAGGUGAUUUAUUCCUUAUAUUCUAGCUUCAGGUAUCAACCUAGUGGUCACGCUGGGGGCGCGACCGCUACAUAACGUUAGAUCUAGAUCUACAUGCAGCUGCAGUGAGUUAAAAUAAACAUGAUAAAAUGUAGGCAAAAAAUGUAUGCGAACAUGUUAUAGGAAAGAUGAUUGGUAUCCUUAAUUGGGAAUUAUGUUCAUUUGAUAUUAAAAUCAACUAUGACAAUUUGAAUCAAACCUGUGAAUUUAGAUUUUGAAGAUGAAACAUAUAUUGCCUAUUAAUUGAUGGAAAGAGAGAUAAGUGCUGUGCAGAAUGCAGAUAUUCAAUUCUACUAACCUUAUUUUUGAUAAGAACAAAAUUAAUUACAAGAAUUCAAUUUAUUUUGGGGGCUUGGGGCCAAUGCAUAAAGUGAAUUUACAACCAGGACUGUACCAAAUAGUGAAGUGCUUUAUCCAGUUUAGAUC